UAUUUAAUUUUAAUGUAAGUUGUCAGAUCAAUAUAAUUACUUAAUAUCCAUCAGUGAUUUAUUUUAGAAAAGUGAUUUUAUUUUUAUGCAUUUUGGAUAUCCAACUUCUGGAACAAUGCAUUACAUUGUUGGUCAAGGAUAAACUGUCUACAUUAAUAAUGAAAACAAUGUAAAGUUUGUUAGUGUAAUUCUAUCAUUAAUCUUUCUCAACCAGAACAAUGAUGCAAGUUUCAGUUCUGCUGUUGCUGCUCUUUGUGGGGACUUGCUCGGCUUACACGUAUCAAAAUGUGGCCUUGCGUGGAAAAGCAACUCAGUCACACCGCUUUCAGAUCAAGCCUUGGUAUGUUUUUGGCGCUGCUUACAACGCCAUUGAUGGAAACCGUGAAUCUAAUUAUUACGCUGGUUCAUGCACACACACUGUUGAACAGACCAACCCCUGGUGGAGGGUGGACCUGCUGGAGUCCUACGUGGUCACUUCUGUCGUCAUCACCAAUAGAGGAGACUGUUGUGCAGAAAGGAUCAAUGGGGCUGAGAUUCAUACUGGAAACUCUUUACGAGACAAUGGUGUUGCAAACCCAGUGGUUGCUGUAAUUCCCAGUAUCCCAGCAGGCAGACCUUACACAGUAACUGUUACAAAACGUGUGGAGGGACGUUAUGUGACAGUGGUUUUACCUGGACGAGGAAGGAUCCUCACACUCUGUGAAGUGGAAGUCUACGGGUACCGUGCUCCAACUGGAGUGAACCUGGCACUCCAAGGAAAAGCCACACAGUCAUCAUUGCAUUCAAUUGGCAUAGCAUAUAACGCUAUUGAUGGGAAUCGUGCCAGCAGCUGGAGUAAGGCCUCCUGCAGUCACACAAACAAUGACUUUACUCCCUGGUGGCGACUGGACCUGCAGAAAACCCAUAAAGUGUUUUCUGUUAAGAUAACCAACCUGGAUGGUUCCCCACAACGACUCAAUGGAGCUGAGAUCCGCAUUGGAGAUUCUGCUCGAAACAAUGGCAACAACAACCCCCGGUGUGCUGUGAUCACACACAUCCCUGCAGGUUUUACCCAAACGUUCCAGUGUAACGGGAUGGACGGUCGCUACGUUAACAUAGUCAUUCCUGGAAGAAAAGAGUAUCUGGUCAUAUGUGAGGUGGAGGUGUAUGGCUCUGUAUUGGAUUAGAUUUGACGAAAUUCAAAAUGUAUAACAAUGGCAAUUUACAUAGCCGGUAUUUAGCUGAUGCUCUUUUAUAGAUUCUGAUGGAAAUCAUAUCUUAAGGUUCAUUCAUGACAUUGACAUCAUUAGAGACAACAUAUGGUUAGGUGACAGUAAAACUGCAUUAAUAAAUGUUUGACCACUAGGGGGAAAAAUAAUUCCAAAUUAUGCUGACAAACACAACCCCAACAUCAUCAUCUAGUGAAAUAAAUUUGUUAUGGCUAAUAUGUUAGCAAACAGUUGCCCAUUUACACAUCCUGUCAACAAAAAACAACAUUAGCAUUCAUUUGGAGUCAUGUAUCUGUUUGCAGGAUGAAUGUGAAUCCAUUAUUAAAUCUCCUUUUAGCUCUAGUUUGGUGUCCAUGACUCCUGAGAAAAAAUAUCUGUUCUACAGCUACAAGAUGCUGGAUGAAGAGCUGAAUUACUCAUACUUCCUCCAAUUCAUGAUGUAAUGUCAUCUACAAAAUGUAUCUUUUGUUCUUGAUUUCACAUAAUUCUUGUUUUUCUGUUUUUAAUCUUUGGGUUUGGCACCUGGACAUUGGCUCUGGCAAUUUCCACCUUAUCAAUAAGAUGUGUACACCUAUCAUAAGUUGACUACAC